CAGGGCCUGGGGGCCCGGGCGGUACCUUUUCGCUGGGGUUUCUUUGUGGUCAUCACCCCACCCCCCCCGCCCUCAUGCUGAGCUUAGGUCCGACACUGGGCAAUGAGGCCUUUUGAUACAGCCUUUGACCACGUUUUACAAAUAAGAAACUGAGACUCAGAUUCACUAAUUUAACCCAGGGUCGCCCAGCUGGUUAAGUGUUAAGAUUCAGUUUGAACCCUGAAUGUGAACUUUGACUUCAUUGCUGUACAGAAUUGUGGUGCAGAGCCCUUCUCACCGUAGUCGCCAGUUAGGUACUUUAGAAGACGAAAAUCUUAUGGAGGCCAUUUGGAUUCUCAAGACUUUUGAAAGUAGAAAGGUGUAACCCAACUGAAUCCGAAUUGUUGAUUCCACUAGCACGGACAGCGCUUACACAGAAGCUUAGGAAAGCACCUUGUAUUUUCUUGUUGGGUCAAAGAAAAAGAGUCUCAACCAUGCCAGAAAUGGAAACAAAUAAAAGUCACUCUGAACUGUUUUCACCACCCUCUGAUGUUCGAGGAAUGACAAAACUUGAUAAGACAGCUUUUAAAAAGACAGUCACCAUUCCAGUGCUUAAAGUGAGGAAAGAGAUAGUCAACAGAUUGAUGCAAUCCCUUAGAAGGGCAGCACUGCAGCGCCCAGGAAUAAAGCGUGUGAUUGAAGAUCCAGAAGAUGCCGAAUGUAGAUUAAUUAUGUUGGAUCCCUAUAAAAUACUUACUCAUGAUUCCUUUGAAAAAGCAGAACUUAAUAUUUUAAAUCAGCUUGAUGUCAGUCCACAGAUAUUUAAAUAUAAUUUGGAACUAACUUAUGAAAACUUUAAGUCAGAAGAGAUCUUGAGAGCUGUGCUUCCUGAAGGUCAAGAUGUGAUUUCAGGGUUUAGCAGAGUGGGACAUAUUGCACACCUGAACCUUCGAGAUCAUCAGCUACCAUUCAAGCAUUUAAUCGGCCAAGUUAUGAUUGACAAAAAUCCAGGAAUCACCUCAGCAGUAAAUAAAAUCAAUAAUAUUGACAAUACAUACCGAAAUUUUGAAAUGGAACUGCUAUCUGGAGAAGAGAACAUGAUGACCAAGGUUCGAGAAAACAACUAUACUUAUGAAUUCGAUUUUUCAAAAGUGUAUUGGAAUCCUCGCCUCUCUACAGAACACAGCCGUAUUACAGACCUUCUCAAAUCUGGGGAUGUUUUGUUUGAUGUUUUUGCUGGGGUUGGGCCCUUCACCAUUCCGGCAGCAAAGAAAAACUGUACUGUGUUUGCCAAUGAUCUCAAUCCUGAAUCCCAUAAAUGGCUGUUGCACAAUUGUAAAUUAAAUAAAGUGGGCCAAAAGGUGAAGGUCUUCAACUUGGAUGGGAAAGACUUCCUCCAAGGACCAGUCAAAGAAGAGUUACUGCAGCAGCUGGAGCUGUCAGAAGAAAGAAAAUCCUCCAUCCACAUCGUUAUGAACUUGCCAGCAAAGGCUAUAGAAUUUCUCAGUGCUUUCAGAUCGCUUUUAGAUGGGCAGCCAUGCAGCAGUGAACUCCUUCCCAGAGUGCACUGUUACAGUUUUUCCAAAGAUGCUGAUCCUGCUGAGGACGUGCGGCAACGAGCUGGAACUGCACUAGGCGUUUCCCUGGAGGCAUGCAGUUCAGUUCACCCAGUAAGGAAUGUGGCCCCGAACAAAGAAAUGCUGUGCAUCACCUUUCAGAUCCCAGCUGCUGUGCUCUACAAGAACCAGACCAUCAAACUAGAGGAUCAUGAAGAUCCACCUGUUAAGCGACAGAAGACAGAUGAUGCCUUUUCAGAAGAAAAAAGAGAAAUUGUUUCAAAUACUUAAUUGGAAGUGUUUUCUCCAUCUCACCAUUAUAAUUUUAUGUAGUAAAAUACAAUUUGUAUAAUUUCAUAAAAAUUUAAUAUUGAACUCUCAGGUAUUUUGCUCUGCCAUCUUAUUACCAAAUUAAAGUUUGGAUGAAAACUAUAGUUUUAUCUAAAUCAUACUAUAUAAUUGUAUUAGUUAGCUUUCCUGUUGCUGAGACACAAUACCCAACACACACAACUUAAAGGGAGAAAGGCUGAAUUUGGCUCAUGUUUUCAGGAGAUUCAGUACAUAGUCAGCAGGCUCCAAGGCAGAAACAUAAUGGUAGACAGGCAUGGCAGAGCAAAGCUGUUUAGUCCCUGGUGGCCAGGAAACAGCAGGGGAACACUGCCUGAGAGACAUGGGAUAGGGACCAUAAGAAGUGCCCAAGGCCAUGCUGCCAUGACACACCCAGAUACACCCUGGAGCAUGCUUUACUAAUCAGGCAUUUCCUAAUCCAAGGAAGUUGAAAAAUCAGGACUAAAGGUCACAAUAAUUAUUUUAUAAUCUAAAUUGUAUCCAAUUUUUUAUUAGAUAAAUGUGCUUACUGGUGCAUGCAUGUAGUCCCAAUGACUUGUAACACUCAGGAAGGAGGAUUGUGAAUUUGAGACCUGUCUAGGCAACAUGACAAGACCUUGUCUCAAACCAAAAAGGAUAAAUAGGCUUAAAUAUCGUUGGUCUCUUGGAAAGAGUUUGUAGGUAAUUGUUUGGGUAACUGUGUACUGUUACAAUAGGAAAGCACUAAUACCAUUUUAUAGUUAUCCUUUAUUGAACAGUGUAGUAAUUUUACAUAAUUACUCCUACACUACCAGUUAUUACAAUAAAAACUGAGGUUAUUUAGAUCAGGGAUAGGCAGACUACAUCCUGCAGGCCAAGUCUGGCCCACCAUCUCUUUGUAUGGCCGAAGACCUGAGAAUGUUCCUACAUUUUCAAAUGGUUGAAAAACAAAAGAAUAAUAUUUUGAGACAUGUGACAAAACUGAAAUUUGAUAGAGCAUUAAAAAGGAAGGAGGUAGGGAAGGAAGGAAGAAAGAAAAGGGAAGGCAAAAAGUAUUCAAGGAAAAUAAACUGAAGACUACUGGACUUUCUGAAGAACAGUUAAGAGUUAAGGACAAUGGGGCUGGGGAUUUAGCUCAGUGGUUCCACAAACGCAAGGUCCCAAGUUCAAUCCCCGGUACCAAAAAAGAGACUUAAGGACAAUGGAAGCAGUAUCAGUCGUCAAUUAAAAAGGCAAAUAAUUCUGAAUAGCAUAUGCCUCUUAAUGGAUCGAUAGAUGUUACUAAUACUGCUAGUUUUAUUCGAGGUGUUACUGCCAAGUUUAAAGUGACUACAGAGUUAGCUUCUAUGAAUAUUCUGUAUGAAGUAACUGGGUGAAUAUUUUCCAAGGAGUUGAGAAAACAAUUUUGGACAGCCUCAAGUGGAAUGUGUUAAGAUGUUAUUAACUGACAAUGGCUAAAAAACAGAAAAAGUCUUAAAUUUACAAAGUUUGUGAAAAUGUCAAGAGUUUAAAGCCUGUAGUUAUUCACUAUAUUAUUCAUCAGCAAGUCCCUUAUGGAAAAUAUUUCAAUCUGUUGUUUCUGAACCAGUAGUAAUAGGGGUAAACUUCAUUUGCUUUCACAGCUAACCAUUCUAAUUCCUUGAGUUAUGUCAGAAAUUGAAAGUGAGUAUCCUAACCUACCCUACCUCAGUUUGACUUUCUUAUUAGCAUUUUGACAGUUUUUGGGCUUAAAAGUCAAGAUUUAAAUUUUUCUUAAGAACCACCCUUAAACAUAAUUUUGGAACACUGAAUGACUGGAAAUUAGAUGUUGUUGAAGACUUGAUAUUUCUUAAAAGAAUACAACCUAAGAUUAAAAUAACUUUAAUGUGAAAUAUACUGUAGUAAAACAACUGACAUUUGGAUUCCAGUAUCUUACUUUAUACAUCUUUCUUGCUAUUCAAAAAUUAAGAUUUCCAUCCUCACAAAUUAGUGGAUAUAUCCUUAAGUUCAGCAUUUUGGGCAGCCUUGGUGCAAAACCAGGAAAACUUCCCCAUUUCAAAAUCUAACUGCAGUUCAGGAGCGUCUAUCUAAUCAACUGGAAGUGAUUAAUGACAAUUAAAAGGCAGGUAUCAAAGGAAUUAUUAAGAGUUUUACAGUUGCCUUUCAAGUAAUGAAUAUGCUCAAUUAAUAUAUACUCCUAGAACCACGAUGUCAAAGCUUGUAGAGCUUUCUAUGAUACAAACAGCCUGCUGCAGCACAUGUGCAUAGGUUCACCACCACUGUCCUAGAUUGAAAAAUAUUUACUAGUACCUGUUGUAUGAAAAGAUAUUUUUUUCUAAAAUGUAAAAUCUCAUUCACAGAUAACCAUCGACAGGUGAUUAUUUGCAGUUAACUUUGAUGACAGGUCAUAAUUAGAUCUCCAAUUAAAGGUAAUGUUAUCCCUCUCCAAGAGUAUUACAAAAAAAUUGUAUUUCAUUGUAUUUUGAAUUUUGUCAAAAAGUUGUGGCUAUUUGUUAUAUCUCCUAAGUACAUAUAUAAUGUCCUUGAUUUGCCUCUUAGCCUGAAAAGCCUUAAAAAUUUACUCUGGUCCUACCCCGAAAAAGGUUGGAGUGGGGCUGGGGAUGUAGCUCAGUGGCACCUCGCCUGCCUGGCAAGCGCAAGGUCCUGAGUUUGAGCCCCAGUAUGAAAAAAAAAAAAAAAGGUUGAGGACCCCUUCACUCGAUCAUUAAUCACAACCUCAAAUACUUAUCUUCUAAAGCCUGACAGCUAAUGUACAUAAAUUAAGGCAAUAAAUGGUACAAGAUGUAGUAGGGAAGUAAUGAAUUAAGAGACCCUCUUGUCUAGCAACAUUUAAAUUGUUUUGAAACUCAACCCAAGUACUGUACAGUAAUUUGCUGGGUCAUGAAGUAUAUAUUACAAAUAAUGUUCUUACAUAUGUAAAGUAGAAAGACUUUUGGCUCCAUUUAGUCAUCCUUCAAUUGGAGAAGAUAUUCUAUACAUAAAGUAGAAUACUUAAAUACUUCAGUUAAUAUUUAGCUCUCCCCUUUCUCACUUGGGGUAAGUGAGCACAUGGUUAUUUCACUAUUUAAAUCUAGACCCACCUAAACUUUGAUAUGAUACCUAGUAAAUAAACUCUUUAUAAUCUACUAGGAAAUGACAGCUAUAAAGCUUAUUAGAUGCAAUUUUUUAAUUUUGUUAACUUGACAAGUUUUCUACCACCUUGAUUGAAUUUUAGAAUUAUUUUCUGAUGACUUAUUGGCUGUCAAAGUCAGCUUCUAAGCAAAGCUUUUAGAUGAACUAUUUUAAUCAAAGAAUACUAAGUCAUAAUGCAUCCUGUUAUGUAAGUGCAUUCUAUACCAUUAAUUUCUGCUUGAGAGGGAGUACAGGUAUUAGAAAAUGCAUUUUCAAGAUAAUGAACUCAGGAAAUUAACAAGAUCACUGAGUUGAUGUCAUUAUGUCUCAUAAAAGAUCUAGAUACUUGCUCUAUAAAAUUUCCUGAAGGUCUAUGAAGUUGAACCACCUAGAUCUGGUUUUAGCAUCGCUGUUAUCCAACUUUGGCAGUCAACUCUGUGGCAUGGACUCUGGAGCCUGAUCCCUUGCAUUCAAAUCCCAGUUCUGCUAAUUUAAAUUGUAUGGAUUCCUGGCAAGUUACAUAUUUCUCUACUUCUCCAUCUGUUAAAGUAGGAAAAGUAAUAGUAGUAUUGUUGUAAGGAUUAGAUAAUACAACGCAUGAAUCAUAGUGCCUGGCACAUAGGUAAACAGUAAUUGUUAAAAUAUUAUUUCUAAACUAGUGUUGUAAAAUGGUAAAAGACUUGAUUCAUGUAGAUGAAAGACUGAUGUAGUCUUUGUCCUGAAAGAGGAAAUAAAUCACUGGGAGGUUGAGAAGUAAGCACAUCAACUUAGAAUAUUUGUUGUCAUUCAAUCUUUCAUUUCAUUUGAUAAUAAUAGGAUUCAGGUGACAAUUUUAAGGUAAACUCAGAAUAAGUCUUGAAAGCCUUCAAAAUGUAUUAUUUCAUUAUUUCAUUCUCUUUUAAGUACAUUAUUUUUGCAGUUGAAUGUAACAAAGCUUCAACUAAGUUCAAUAUUCUAUUUGAACAGAUUUGUAGAUUUAAAUUUUUAUUUUGAGACAUUCUCACUGGGUAGUUCAGCCUGGCCUCAAACUCAAAGUGAUUCUCUUGCCUCAGCCUCCUAAGUGCUAGGAUCACAGGCGUGUGCUACCACAACCAGCCUUAUAUUUAAAAAUUUAAAUCCUCAAGAUUUUAAGGAAUAAGAUAGGUACCUUGGUAGAGUAUACCUAGAAUUGGACUUGGAUUAAAUACCAACGUGUGUUCUUAAUUCUGGUAUUUUAUCAACCUGUGUAUAGUAUUAUGGUCUAGUCAAUUAUUCAGUGCCUUGGUUUUCCCAUUUACCAGAUAGAAAUGUAAAGAUGAAUAUGUACUCCUGAAUUUAAUCUCUACUUAAUAAAAUAAGAUGAAUUUAUUACAUGUGGCUAUUUCACCACAAGUCUUGGUUCACAGCUUUCCACCUAUAAAACCAACAUCUGUUGUGAUGGAAAUUUGAUAGGAAAUUCUUUAAUUUGCUUGAGAAACUGUGUCCCAUAUCCAGUGACCUAUGCAACAGACCCAUACAAACCUGGGAUGCUACAAAUAUAUCCAGCCUAUCCACAUCCACACUCUUUAAGCAAAACCCUGGGUAUAAUAAAAGCCUUUGAAGUUUCAAAGGAACACUACAUCAGAGUCUACAACUUACUAUGCAUAGGUAUAUUUCACUUAAACUGUACCUUUUCCAGUCUCCAACAUUUCAUCAUAAAAUGAGCUCAUACUGGAGGUGAAAGGGACAUUUAGGUAUUAAAUUUUAUUAACUUGCUUCUUUGAAUUUGUCAAUAAAGCAGGUUAAUGCUG